UCCUCAACGUUCAACCCUCGGCUAAUGGGUUGGAAGGCUUUGCAGGGAUAGGAUCGUUCUUGUGCCGCCGUCAGUGGCCUAUCAUGAUACUGAGAUAUUACAAGGCCUCUUCCCUCCUUGGCGUCAUCGCGCUCCUGAUGACGCCAGUCUCAUUCGUGUUGACCCAACAUGGUCCAACGUUGGGGGUUAAAUUGAGGUAUGCACCAUCGGGGAAGCCGGUGGUUAAGGAGGGGUCUUCUGCUGUAUGAGUGGGUUGGGUGAUGUGAUGUAAGUGUGGUGAUAAUGGAAUGAGGAGGGAAUGAGAGACGCAUAGGAUGUGAGGUGGUUUUACGCAGGAAAAUACUCGAACUACCAAGGAUCUAGACAUUGCGUCCGUCUCCACUGACCACGACCACUUCUCUCAAUGUUAUUACAUCCU